AUAGCAUGUUAAUAUGGCCAUAUAUUUUCUUAAAAACUGAUAAGUGCCACAUAAAAUUAAAUAUGCUCAAAUUCCUAUUCAUAUACAAAUAAAUUAUCAGAUACGAAAAUGAAUCUAAACAAAAAUUAUCCGGCCUACUUGUACCUCUCUGUCAAGUCAUGAGCUUUAAAAUAAUUGACAAAAUAUAGCUUCAAAGUUCAACAAGACAGAUGAGAUCAUUAAAUCAAACAGCCAACCGUAUGCGACCAAGAACAAGCGGUUCCACAGACAAAGAUGUGCAGCAUUACUUGGGUUCAUGAAGCAGUGAUUGCACCCUGCCUCUACCCAAAUGUUGCCUUAGCUGCCCUGUUCAUAUCAAUUGAAAAUCCCACAGCCGCCUUCAUUGACAGGGGCUCCCAAGAAGGUGGUCUCCACAGAUGACUCAGCUCUCCGUAUUCUGGAGUUGAUGAAUAGCGAAGGCUUCGGCCCACCACCUUGUUAUUUUCACCUUUCUCUUGUGACUAAGGACAAUCCUGUCCAAUAUCAGAGGCAAAGAAACGUAGCAUCAUCUGCCAAAAGGAAGCAUCCGAAGAUGGAGUACGGCACAAGCACUCAGAUAAUUAAAAAGAACACGCGGUCCAUCCAUACUGUAAACUUUUCGAUUGCCUAAUACUAAUUUUGCAUGGUCUCUAAUAUUCAGAACAGUUUUUUUUUUCUUUUUGAGAUAAUAUAUUCAGAACCAUAAUUCACAGCAUAGAAAAUAAUUUGAAGGAAGAAUACACAGGGUUAAGUAUUAAAACUUUCAAUAGAUCUAUAUCAAAAGUUGAAUCCACUGGUCUAUUCAGACUAGAACCAAUCACGGCUCUUGUUAUGGUUGAGAGAAUUAUGCAGCUAUUUACCAAGCACAAGCCAGCAAAGUAGAGAUCAUGUUUGCUUAGCUUUAUCCAUAUCCAGCAGCACCAGAUUAAUCUCUAAAUCAAGUCAAUAUUAGCAAUUAAAGUGACAAGACAGCAAUCUAACCCAUGAACGAUAUCAGGCAUCCGUUGACAGGUUCCAAGCCUCCAGUGGGACCCAUCCUGAUGGCUAUUUUAAAGGCUCUCCUGUCCUCGCGUGGUUGAAGCCUAACACCAACAGAUUAUUGCUUUUUGUUAAAGAUGAUGAGUUUCUCUCAUUUAGAAGACCAACCACGUAACUGUCCAUAAACAAUGGAAGGACCAUUAAAAGCCCUUUACAAAAGAUAUAAAAUAUGGCAGGUCAUCUUACAUAAGAAUAAGGGCAAGCUUGAAGAUUUCGGAACAAGUAAAAAGAAAGACCAGUUGAGUAAUCUGACCUGUUCCAUGACAGCUUCUUGAUAGCAGCCACCGGGCCCGUCCAUGAAACAAAAUAUCCUACAACAAAUACAUACCUCAAGUGACCACCAAACAAGAUCGAUAACAAAGAACACCACAGGGAAGAAGAGAGAGGGGAACUUAAGAAAAAAAUGCUAUCAUCUUGCAUGAGAGAAGCCUCCCAUGAAUGCAUCAGUUGUUGUCUUUCCAUCACCUCCACUGAGCCUAACAAACUGAAGAAUCACCCUGCUGGCACUGGUAUGUCCUCGUGCUUAGAUUUUUCGAUGGCUGCUCUAUCUCUAUUCCCAAGCAUCCACUUCACAAACCAUGAAUCCCUGCCUUCCCUUCCAGAUGCUUUAUCUAAUUUCAGUAGGGUGUAUCCAAAGCAUGUUGAGAGUGAACAAGCCGAUCGCAUCAGAGACAGCGAGUACUACCACCUCUCCAAUCUCACCUGCCUCGACUACACGGGGAUCGGACUCUUCUCUCAUGCCCAAUUCCACUCAUCAAAUGAUCCCUCUUAUCCUCCAACUUGGCCGUCAUCAUCUCUUUCACAGCCCACUUUUUUCAGCAUCGCUCACAAGCCAGCAAGCUUGAAAUCUCAAUUGCGAUAUGGGUAUCAAGAGACAGCUCUGGAGUCGGCAAUCCGGAGAAGAAUAAUGGGAUUCCUCAACAUAUCAGAUGAUGAAUACAGCAUGGUUUUCAUUGGUAGUAGGGCUUGUGCUUUCAAGCUACUGGCAGAAUCCUAUCCAUUUCACUCCAACAAGAGGCUCUUGACAGUUUAUGACCAUGAUAAUGAGGCAGUGAGUGAACUGGUGGAGAGUGCCAAGAAGAGAGGAGUCAGAUUCAUGUCUGCCAGCUUCUCUUGGUCCAGUCUUAGAAUUCACUCUGCAAAAUUGAAAAAGAUGAUCACAGAGAGAAACAAGAAGAAGAAGAAGAGAGGCUUGUUCGUCUUCCCACUUCAGUCUCGGUUGACAGGGGCCAGGUAUCCUUAUAAAUGGAUGAGCCUUGCACAAGAAAAUGGCUGGCAUGUGGUGCUGGAUGCAUGCGCUCUUGGGCCGAAGGAGAUGGGUGCCUUGGGGCUUUCUCUGACCCAGCCAGACUUCAUUGUCUGUUCUUUCUUUAAGAUCUUUGGAGAGAAUCCAUCUGGAUUUUCAGCUCUCUGUAUCAAAAGAUCCAGCAGUGCAAUCUUGGAGGCCUCAACAACAACCACAAGUAUUGGCUUAGUGAGCAUCAUCCCAGCAAGAUGCCCAUCUCAGUUUUCCCAUGAUACAUCCAGUCCAGAAUUGGAGGUUCAUCGCUUCAUCCAUACAGAAAUCACAAGCUCAUCCUAUGGUCAAAUACCUGCCAAGAUCUCUGAUGACUCUGCUCAUUCAGAUAACAGGUUAGGUGACGACCAUUUGCGCUUGAAAGAAAAGCAAACUGAGAGGCAUAAGCAGGGUGAAACCUCAGAAAGAUGUGAAAUGAUGGUUACUGGAGUCAGAAAUAAGGGAGAACAACCUGAAAUCUUGCAAUUAAAUAAUACCACAACCGAUGCCAGAGAAUUGAAUACAACCAUCGAGAUUGAAUGCAGAGGACUGGAUCAUGCAGACUCCAUGGGUCUACGACUCAUCAGUAACAGACUAAGAUGCAUCAUCGAUUGGUUAGUGAAUGCAUUGAUGAAGCUACAGCACCCUCACUCAGAGGAUGCCCAUCCUUUGGUCAGAAUCUAUGGACCUCGAAGAAAAUAUGACAGGGGAACGGCAGUUGCAUUCAAUGUCUUUGACUGGAAAGGAGAGAAGGUUGAGCCUACUCUGGUACAGAAGCUAGCUGAUAGAAGCAACAUAUCUCUGGGUUGUGGAUUUCUACAGAAUAUCUUGUUCCCAGAUAAAUAUGAAGAUAAGCAUGUGCUCAUGGAGAGAAGAGUCUUUAAGAUAAGAAUUGCAGGUAACAGAGUGAAAGAGAAGAUAGAAUGGGGGAUAACUGUGGUUAAUGCUUCAUUUGGUUUCCUCAACAAUUUUGAAGAUGCUUACAGGCUUUGGGCUUUUGUUUCUAAGUUCCUGGAUGCAGAUUUUGUUGAGAAGGAGAAAUGGAGAUACAUGGCCCUUGACCAGAAAUUGAUUGAGGUUUGAAAUAAAUGAGAAAGAAAUAGCAAUAGCUAUCACACCAAUUGCAGAAAACUAUUGUCUUUAUGUAGAAUGCCAUUUGCUGGUGUCCUUUACUUUAGCCAAUAAACCUCAUUGAUUGCAUCAAUGAUUGCGAACAAAAAUGAAUCAUGUAUCAUAUUGUUACAUAAGUCAAAUUAGAUAAUCUAAGAUUCGGGCAUAUUCGUCAAGUUCUUUUGCAAUAAUUACUUCUUAUUAUUUUUUCCAAGAAAAAAGUCGGUAGCCUACUGCUUUGUUGACAUCAAUGCAAUAACAGUACAGACAAACAUCCAGUAUUAAAAUCUAUAAGAUCAAUCUGAAAGGCAUCUAAAGCUGUUUGAAUUGUUAAUGCAUGGGUACUAAAAGGAUCAAUGGAUGCUACUCCAACGUUAUCCUGGCAUCUUGGCAGGCCCCUCUCUCAAGCUUCCAAAUGAUCCUGGAAUACAAUCUGAAACCCUCCAAAAUGAUGAUCCAACCUACUGAUUUAUAAGGAUAAUGGAAAUUGUUUGGGCUUCAUUUUCUUUGUGCCUCAAGAUAAGAAGACAUCAUAUGGAUGUUUCAAUUCAUAUCUGGGUGCUUAGUAAAAAACCACUUAAAAGGCACAUGCACAUGCACACACAAAAAGAAAAGAGUUUCCGUGUGCUUGGAGGAAAAUCUAGAUCGCUUUAAGAACAUGGUGCAGUUGACUGAAAUUUAACAACCUGAAAGAGUUUGUUGUCCAAAAAAAAAAAGGAAAAAAAAAAGAGCUUCCUUGCGCUUGGAGGAGAAUCUAGAUCCCUUUAAGGACAUGGGGCAGUUGGCUGAAAUUUAACAACCUGAAAGAGUAUGUUGUCAAAAAAUAAAGGAACAAAUAAUGAAAAAGGAAGCCAAAGACAUGAUCCUUACCAUUACCUUAACAGGGAGCAAGUUCAGGAUUAGAUUUUUCGAAUGUGGGCAGGAAAGUGAAGAUAAAAAUUAGAAUACAGGAGGGCCUAGGAACUGUAAUUUUAAAUAUCAUAAGAUGAUAAAGCUGCUUGUUUUGUUAUUUCUUUCAAACUAAUGCAUGAAAUAUACUGAAAAGUGUAACAACAUAAAGAAUUAUAAUUUAACAUGGAAACAUGAUGCAUUUAAAAUAAUAAUGCCAGUAAUAAAAGAUAAAGGUUGAAUUGUCGUGAAGUGGAGCAAUACUAGGUGGCUGCAAUACCCUAGAUAGAAGAUCCAGCUAGCAAGAUGUCCAGCAAUCAUGACAGCCAAAAGGUGAUCUCAUCAGCAACAAACUUUGAAUGACAUUUGUGAGAUAACUUCAGGCAUUUAAGAAAAAAUUGAGUCUAAGAUUUGAAUUCCACACCGGCAGUCACUUGAUUUUUCAAUUGUUAUAAAACAGAAGAUAGGUUGAUAAAGAAAAUAUUGCAAAUACAAAUGUAGUUCUUACAAAAAUAUGAUCAUCCACUUAACCUUUCACAGCUCAAAUGUAAUGGUGAAAAAACAAUUAUAAAGAAAAUGCUACUGACAUGAUCUCUGCAUCAGAGACCAACCAAAGCACCAUGAGAACUAAAUAUAACAAAGAUCCAUGAGCAAAUCAAUGGCCAUCAUUGGCUCUGUAAGUAGCUAGAGAUUUAUGCACUCAGAUCACUGCCAUGGCUUUUCGGAUAAGAGAGACAUGAGCUACACGACACCUAUGUGAACAAAAAGUAUAAAAAAAAAAAGAUCUGACAUCAUGGAUGUGCUUCUCUCCAAUUCAAACUACAUAGUUGACAGCCCUUGCUCAUCCAGUCUUCACUUAUCAAGCACCAAUAGUGACAAGCAUAUUUAAUCCAAAUGGACCAAAAUAAAUAAAGAGAGCUCAUGGUAGUAUGCUACUAGGAUUUUCCAUAAAGUUCGUCACUUACCUAAUUGUUUAGUUUGUGAAGCAUACUAGAUUCAUGACUCAGGCUGGUUAGUGCAUAAAAUAACUUAUUAUUCACAAGCAUAUACAGAUUAACUAACAAAAUCAUAGUCAUAAAUUACUUGUCCCUCUGCAUCAUCAGGAAUUCAGGCCAUUUUUUUGGAACCAAAUUUGAUAUAGGGAUGGUAAUGGGCUGUAAGUAAUAGCUGAUUUCUGUAUAUUAGGCCCAUCCGCUACCUACUUCCUUAAAAAAUUCACAGGCACAUUAGCAAGGUACUUGUUUCUCUGUGUACCAGACCCACCCACUA